AUGUUUCAUCUUUGUCAUCUUCCAACAAAGCCAUUGAAUGGAUUGCUGAAUAUGAACCAAGAUUCAAAAGAACAUGGUGAGACAUUUCACACUUCCAAUUCGAAUGUGGAUGAGAAUGACAGCAAUAAUAACAUGAUUCAGGUCAUUAUUACCAUUCAGCCAUCUCUUGAUGCCAUUCUCGUCAAUCAAGAACUCGAAGAAGCUCAUCUCAUUGCCAAUGAAUUGAAUUCCAAACUCACAGAAUGGUUUUCCAAACAAGCACAACCAUGGAACAACAACCAGAAGGAAAAUAAUCCUUCAAUGAUUUCUAGAAUUCGAGUCUCUUCAAAGGAUAAACUAGAAAUGAGUUUCUCUCCACUCGUGGCUCAUCAUGGGGGUGAAAUAUUGAAAGAAAACAUGACUAUCAAUGGAUGA